AUGUCCGACGAUGAAGCUGACCCCGAAUUGCUCGCUCUUCUUCGGAAAUCUCUUGGAUUGGGUGGAGGCCCAGUGAACCCCCGAGCAGCAGAGACGAAGGUCCUAGAGAAUGCGCAAUUCGUUUUCGACAAUGCUAUCGACGUCGCUCUGAACCCGUGCAACGUUAAAGCAGCGGCCGAAUCGAUAUGGCGCCAGAUGCUGAAGAAAGGCUACUCCACACAGACUUGGUCGCAACAUAAGUUGCACCCAAAAUCAAAGGAUGAGGCCACUGUCGACUUCGUGUUUACCAUGGAUCUCCUGAAUUUCAGCUUCUGGUCCGAGCUAUCGCAUGACAAGCGAUUUGCUAUCGAAUAUCGCGGAACGAAAUGGACAGGCUACUGGAGUUUAGUCGCUGCGCUGCAGAGAGCCUUGGACGAAGAGAUCCCAAUUACGACCCCCAAGUUCUGGACGAACGAGGAUGAAUGCAACGAAGCUUUGCUCAAGCAUGUGUUCAGAUCUGCAACUGAGGAAGAGAUUCCUUUACUCAAAGAGAGGCUUCAAUGUCUGCGUGAAGCAGGCCGUGUCCUCUGUAAGGAUUUUGACGGCAGCUUUUUGAAUUGCAUUUACAGCGCCAACUACUCAGCUGUAGCUCUUGUGAAUCUCCUGGCAGAGAGUUUCCCUUGUUUCCGUGACGAAACCACCUUUCAGGGAAAGAGGGUGCGUUUAUACAAGCGGGCGCAGAUUUUGAUCGCUGACCUGUGGGCUUGCUUCAACGGCGAAAGCUUCGGCGAAUUCUACGACAUUGACAAAAUUACAAUGUUCGCUGAUUAUCGGAUCCCUCAAAUGCUGCACCAGCUUGGGUGUCUCAGAUAUUCACCAUCACUAGAAACUCAUAUCCGCAAACAAAAGAUCAUCCCCAGCGGCUCAACUUGGGAAGUUGAAUUGCGUGCAACAAGCAUCUGGUGUGUCGAGUUGAUCAGGCGAGAAAUCGAACGACAACACCCAGAAACCAAGACUAUGCUAGUAACAGCUUCAGCCCCGGCAAAUGGCAACUCAAGUAACCCUUCGCAGCAUCUGGGAACCUUGCAAGACGAGAAGCAGAAAUGCAGCACACAGAAACACCACCCAGAGAAAGGCGUGCAAGAACCCAGUGGCCCGGGCUUCAAUGCCAUUCUCAUAGAUUUUUUCCUUUAUGACACAGUGAAAGAGCUGGAGAGUGAUGGAGCAGAGUCAAUUCCCCAUCACCGGACAAGGAGCAUCUGGUACUGA